GGGGUUUGUAUUUGGGCGAGGGGCAGAGAGUUUCUUGCCACUACUCUGUCCCUCCAUAAGGCCCGGACUGUUAGGAGCGCCGUUGUUUAUACAGUCGUGGCUUCCUCCCGUCCUUCUCUCUUCACAUCUACACUGAAAGUGAAUGGAAAUGGUGAGAGCUCUUCGUGUCUUCCUGGCAACCUAGACCUACUGCACUCAAUAACAAAGAGAAGAAGAGAGAAGAAGAUGGGGAGCCUUUCUUCUAAGAAGCCCCAUACAAAUCAAGCUGCUCCCACCCAUGGUUUCUUCGACGUCUAUGGAGCCGACGGCAAGGCAGAUGCUAUUUUAAAGACCCCAGAUGCUGACUCUGCAUUAAAUCUCCAAGAUGUUCAGGGACUUGUAACUUGGGUUCUUGGCGAAGGAAUCAUGCCAUCUUGGGUUUUUAUUAAGAACAAGCCUCUAAUAUCAAAAGUCGUCUUUUUGUAUGUUCCGGGCCUUGAUGCGGCCUUGUAUAUGUCACAAUCUAGCCUUUUGAAUAGCCUGAAGAACUAUUGUGGGAACCCAAGGCCUGUAAUGGCUCUAAGCUGUGUCUUGGAUGGAAUGCAGACCAUAGAUGCACUUCUUACAUGCAAGCAGAAGAGGAAGCGCGACGAACCCAAUGCUGUUCUUCGAAGAGCAGAUCCAUCUACAAAACAAGCUUCUGAUAAUUCAUGCUCCCUAAAGAACAUAAAAGACCUACCUUUUCCGCCUUCGUAUUACACGCUCACAGAGAAGGAGAUGGAGGAUAAUGGGUAUCACUUUAGUUGUUCAGGUCUUGUCUCCACUGUAAAUGCUCCAUCAGGCUCUUGUGUUUACGACUUAUUGGCACUUGACUGUGAGAUGUGUUACACAGCUGAAGGAUUAGAGCUUACCAAAGUGACCUUUGUUGAUAUUGAAGGAAAGGUGGUGCUAGACAAGUUGGUUAAACCCUCUAAUGCUAUCCUUGACUACAAUACAAGGUACAGUGGAAUAACACAUGAGAUGUUGAUGGACGUCACGACAACACUUGAGGAUAUUCAGGCAUUAUUUUUGAAGCUUGUAUACAGGGAAACUAUACUUGUUGGUCAUUCGUUAGAGAAUGACCUCCUUGCUUUGAAGGUCUCCCAUGGUUUGGUGAUUGAUACGGCCAUCUUGUACAGACACUCUCGUGGUGCACAUUACAAACCAGCAUUGCGAGUUCUAGCCCGAAGAUUCCUUUCUCGUGAUAUUCAAAUAUCAGGACAUGGGCAUGACAGUGUCGAAGAUGCCAAAGCUGCAAUGGAUUUGGCCCUGCUCAAGAUUAGACAUGGACCUGAUUUUGGCUCUCCAGCAACUUUGCUGCGACAGAAGCUGGUUGCCGUUUUGAGUGAGAAUGGCCGAAAUUGUGCUCUUAUUGAUGGGACAUCUGUAUUAAAACGUUAUGCCCAUGGAUCAUGCCAUGCAAUACCUGCCCAUUCGGAUGAUGAUGCUCUUUCAAAGGCCAAAAAGGAGUUAAAGAAUGAAAAAUUAAAUUUCAUAUGGACCCAAUUGUCAGAGUUGAAUUCUUAUUAUAAACUGCAAGCAAAUGAUGCAGAGAAGUUCAAUGCCCAACUGGCAGAAAUGAUCUCAUUGCUUACUUGUAGUAAGAAGUCUGCUGAAAAGAGGAGACUCCAAUAUCGGAUAAACUCAAGUUUACAGCAAAUACUAACUCGCAUGAAUUCCAGAAUUCAGAGCCUUUAUGAUGCCUUACCUACUAAUUCCUUGUUUAUUAUUUCGACUGGCCAUGGUGAUACUGCUACCAUUCAGAGAUCUCAAUUUACCUUUCUUGACCCUCAUGAUCAUUAACAAUGUGAGGCUCCUGCUAGGAUGCAUGAAGUUUUGGCAAAUGAGAUUUUCGGGUCCAUUUGCAUUGGCAUAAAGUCAUGUAAAACUGCCAUUUGGAUUGAGUGGUAAAUAUGAUCUUAUAAUACGUCCCUUAAUCCCGUUUCUGGAGAUUCAGAUGAAUCAUAGACAACCAUUAAGAGUGGUGGGACAAUCGGACUUCGCUCAGGACUCGCACAAGUGAGUUGACUCUCAUGACUCAGUCUCGAUCAGGCUUGAGUAGUUUGAAAGCUUUUAUAAAAAAGAAAAAAACUAAAAAAUUAAGAAAAAGGAAAAACUAAAGAACAAUUUUAGAGGAUAAGAGAGAGUUGAUUCACCCAAAAAAUAGAUAAAAGAAUAAAGAAAAAUUUAAUACAGGGCUCGUGCUUUUCCUUCACUCUUGGGUUGGGGGUUAUAGCUAAGGCAACCUCUGCCUUGCCACCCACUUAUAAUAGGAUUAAAAGCUCCAAAAAUUUGGAAACUUGUAUUUGGGGUUAAAUCCUCUAUGUAAAAAUGCAUCAUGAAGACUGUAUACGCACUUGCUGGUCCUCUUUUUUUUCUUAAAUAGGUUGUACUUGUUUUUUUGUUAAAGUGAGAAAAACAUCUUGUAAAAGUCAUCAUCAUCAUCAUUUGAGCCUUAUCCCAACUAUUUGGGGUCGACUAUAUGAAUCCUGUUCUGUCAUUGCACUCUAUCAAGGGCCAUACCUUUAGUCAGACCAUAACUCACCAUAUCUCCUCAUUACUUCCAUCCAUGCUCUUUUGGGCCUUUCCCUUGCCCUUUUAGAGCCUUCCACUUGAACCAAACAGCCCCUCCUAGCUGGUGUUGUUCUAGGUCGGCGUUGUACAUGGCUAGGCCACGUCUAGAAAGAGGAAAAGGCGGGGCUUGGGCAGGAGGGGAGUGAGAGAGAGGAGGUACAUGUAACCGUGCAAAGAUCCCUAUACAAAAAUGACACUACUCGUGGUUGAAGGUCCUAGAGCUUAUGUGAAGAGGGUGGAUUGCCGUGUAACAGGUACACUGCAUCCUAAACCAACAAAUCCCCUCCAAACAUGGUAGAACAAAUUACGGGAGCAAAGAGAGAAGAGAAAGGGAGGGGGAGUAGAUGUAUCAUGGUUGAGAAGAAUGAAACUGCAAUGAGAGGGUUGAGAGGUGGGUGGUGUCAAUAUGGGGCCUACAGCUGUUCCUAAGUUGCAAACUCACAACGUCCUUUUUAGCUAGAUCAUUUGAGGCAUCAUUGUUGGUGCAGGAAACAAAUCGAUGGAUUGAUUCAAAAUUAAAAGGAAGCUAACUAGCCUAACUCCAAUGGCUCUAUAGAACUCACAAGAAUUCAAGGAAACAAUGUUUCUGAAUAAUAAUUCAAAUCUCCAUAUGAAAUCCCUACACACACACACACGCACGCACACACACACACACACAUACACACAAGUUUGAUAGAACAAAAGUUACAAAGGUGAAUAUACGCAUAUAUCCAUGUCUAUAAACUUCUUCCACACACACACACACACACACACACACACACACAAAAGUUUGAUAGAACAAAAGUUACGAAGGCGAAUAUACGAAUAUAU